CGAGUUGGGCCGAGCCGGGCCGAGCCGGGCCGAGCCGGGCCGGGCCGGACCCAGGGACGCGCGGGCGAUGCGGGCGUGCAGGCGGGGGUCGACGGGUCCCUGAACCCCCGCGCCAGGGGAAGCGAGGGAACCCGGCGCCGCGCCGCGCCUCGGGCCCGCCAUGGCCGGGGUCAGCUACGCGGCGCCCUGGUGGGUGAGCCUCCUGCACCGGCUGCCCCACUUCGACCUGCGGUGGGAGGCCACCAGCAGCCAGUUCCGGCCCGAAGACGCCGACUACCAGCAGGCGCUGCUGCUGCUGGGGGCCGUGGCCCUGGCCUGCCUCGCCCUGGACCUCCUCUUCCUGCUCUUCUAUUCCUUCUGGCUGUGCUGCCGGAGGCGCAAGAGCGACGAGCACCUGGACGCAGACUGCUGCUGCACCGCCUGGUGUGUCAUCAUCGCCACACUGGUCUGCAGCGCCGGCAUUGCAGUGGGAUUUUACGGCAAUGGCGAGACCAGCGACGGCGUCCACCGGGCCACCUACUCGCUCCGACACGCCAACCGCACUGUGGCGGGGGUGGAGGACCGCGUGUGGGACACGGCGGCGGCCCUGAACCGCACGGCGGAGCCCAGCCUGCAGAGCCUGGCGCGGCAGCUGGCUGGGCGGCCCGAGCCCCUGAAGGCCGUGCAGCGGCUGCAGGGCUUGCUGGAGACGCUGCUGGGCUACACGGCCGCCAUUCCCUUUUGGAGGAACCCGGGCGUGUCGCUGGAGGCUCUGGCGGAGCAGGUGGAUCUCUACGACUGGUACAGGUGGCUGGGCUACCUGGGCCUGCUGCUGCUUGAUGUGAUCAUCUGCCUCCUGGUGCUGGUGGGCCUCAUCCGAAGCUCCAAGGGCAUCCUGGUCGGGGUCUGCUUGCUGGGGGUCCUGGCCCUGGUCAUCAGCUGGGGUGCACUGGGCUUGGAGCUGGCUGUGUCUGUGGGCUCCAGUGACUUCUGCGUGAGCCCGGACACUUACGUGACCAAGGUGGUGGACGAGUACACUGUGCUGAGUAGGGACAUCCUGCAGUACUACCUGGCUUGCUCGCCCCGCGCCACCAACCCCUUCCAGCAGAAGCUGUCUGGUAGCCACAAGGCGUUGGUGGAGAUGCAGGACAUUGUUGCCGAGCUGCUGAGGAGUGUUCCUCGGGAAAACCCAGCCACCAAGGACCACCUGCUUCGAGUCCAGGAGGUGCUGAAUGGCACAGAGGUGAACCUCCAGCACCUCACAGCCCUGGUGGAUUGCCGCAGCCUGCACCUGGACUACGUGCAGGCGCUGAUGGGCUUCUGCUACGACGGUGUGGAGGGCCUCAUCUACUUGGCCCUCUUCUCCUUCGUCACGGCUCUCAUGUUCAGCUCCAUCGUCUGCAGCGUCCCACACACCUGGCAGCAGAAGAGGGGCCCUGAGGAGGACGGGGAGGAGGAGGCCGCCCCGGGGCAGCGGCAGGCGCAGGACAGCCUGUACCGCGUCCACAUGCCCAGCCUGUACAGCUGUGGGAGCAGCUACGGCAGCGAGGCCAGCAUCCCAGCCGCGGCCCACACGGUCAGCAAUGCCCCAGUCACCGAGUACAUGAGCCAGAAUGCCAAUUUCCAGAAUCCCCGCUGUGAGAACACCCCCCUCAUUGGGCGCGAGUCCCCACCGCCCUCACGCUAUCUGGCUGCCUUGGACUCUGGCAGCCACACAGGCUGGCAAUUUAAACCCAUGGACAGUGCCCGAACGCUGUGGUAGCUGUGCCCUCAGAGUGACAGUACACGUCCAGCAUGAGAGCCAAAUACCUCGCCACGAGCCAGCCUCGCCCCGAUUCCAGCAGCAGCGCGCACUAGACGCCCGCCGCCCGCCUCGUGCCACCCGCCUGCCCCUCCCGAGCCAGCGCCACUUCCGCUGAGGCCGCCGGAGUCCCGCCCCUGCUCCCCUCUCCCCACAGGGGCGCUCUGGACCCCCACCUCUGCCUGGGCCACAAGAUAGAGCUGCCACCACACCCACCCCUGCCUGGCCUUCCCGCUGUGUCCUUCCACCCUCUUGCACUCUCUGAGCCCCGCUCUGUGCCAGGUGCUUCUGUGCCCGUGUGCGCCUUCUACAGAUGGCUCUUCAGACUCUGCAGCCCAGCCCUGGCCUCUCCUGCCUGCUCCACCCUCCCACAGUUCCUGUCUCCCCCAACGGCGUGCACACCUGGGCUGACCCUGUGUCUCUGGGGUCACGUCUUCAUUCAUAGGAGACCUGUGCCUGGCAUCGCUGGCAAUCAAGGGACAGGCCCGUACCUUCCUGCUCAUCUCUGUCCCUGUGCCCGUGUCUUUCUGCAGCGUCCAGCGCCUGCCUGACCUGGUCCAGCCGUGCCCAGCCCUGGCUCUGCUUCUCCCUCCAGCUCCUGGGCCUCAGGCCCCUGCCUCCGGCCCAGCACUGCCUGGACAGCAGGUGCCCUUGCCCUGCACGGUUCCCUCGCUGGCCUCCCAGUGCUGGUUGCCCUCUUGGUGCCAAACCCCUCUUCCCUCCUCGACAUUUGGCAGCUUCGUUGGGUUCAUUUUUUGCACUAACCACGUUUAUCAUCUCUAGUGCUGGCGGGCGAGGGCUGAGCAGGACGCUGCCCCCCCCCCCCAUCUCCCCCCAGGACAGGUGCCGAGUCUCUGGAGCACAGCCUGGGGAUGGGAUCCAAACAGUCUGUGAAAGCGCCCCCAGCCCUUGAAGCCUGUCUGGGGACUAACCACUAACCUCACUCCCAGCCUCCAUCGGCCUGUGAGUUUGAUCCUGUGUCCAGCCCCAUGGCUGGGAGCCUGGGCGGAAGUGGCCAUUUCUACAAGGGGUGCUGUUGGGAGGCACUGCAGGCCUACAGUCUAUCCGGAGGGCCUGGGGACCCCUCCCUCCCUGGGCAGACGCAGCCCCGGGAGCACUGUAGCCCCAAGAACCUGGACCUGGAGUCCCGGCCUUGGCCGCCCUUCCUGUGAAGUGGGGACAGGCUCCCCUAAGGUGCUUUUGGCGUCAGUGUACGAUGUUUGCUGUGCUUCCUGCCCUGGCAGCUGUGAGCCCCAAGUCAGCACCUGGGCACAGCCCCGGCCAGCCAGGAUGGCAAGACGGGGGCCCGGUGUGCGCCCACUGGGCCGCAGGGACCGCGGCAGGGGGCAGUUUACAGAUGGCCCCAGGACGGGCCUCACCCCUCCCUGGGUGCACCCCUCCCUGCUCUGCCUUCCAAGCGCGCUUUUCUGCCAGUGUCGGACCAAAACGGGGUGGGUGGGGGUGUCACCCCAGACCAAAAUGGGGGGUG